AAGAAAAAUCUCUUUAAAACUUUUAAAGUUUGCUUAAAAAUCUCAGAGAUUUAAAACAACUAAAUUUUGUUAUGAUUUUUUUUUCUACUGUUAUUCUUUUGUGAACUGUGAUUUUUGUUUAAUUAAAAAAAAAGAAAAUCUCAAACAACAAAUACCUAUUUCAUAAACAACAAAAUUAUUUGUCAAAAACAAAAAACUUGUGGUUUACCUUGCAUUAUAACAACAAUCACCUUAAACAUAAAAUAAAAAAGAAACAUUUAUUAACAUCUCAGCCACAUUAAGCAUACAAUUUUUUUAAGUGUUUUUGCCAAAAGAAAAACAAAGCCAAACACACACAUACAAGCAAAUGCAAAUUCAAACACAAAAAGGCAAUUUAUUAAAGAAAAAGUGGAAAAUCCAGUGUUAAGCUAAACAAAAACUUUUUAAAGGUAUUAAUAACAAAAAGUUUUUAAAUUUAAUAAAAUAACCAAAAAUUUAUCUCAAAGAUACUGAAAAAAUCAUUUUUGAAAACAAACGGUAUUUCCCCAUUAAUAAUAAGUGACGUUAACAAUUAAAUAAAUUAAAAAAAAAAAAAAAAAUUAAAUCAGAAAAACAACAAGAACACACACACGCAAAAACAACAAACGCAAACUCAACUUACUUUACAAACAAUUGAGCAAAGCUACUAAGCAAGAGAAAGAAACCAAAUACAACAAGAGAACAGAAAAAAUAGAAGAGUUUUACAACUAACGGAUUUUUUGCUGUUACAAAAAACCCCAACAAAUUUUUCUCCCUUUACUUGGGGAGAUUUUUGUUUUCUUUCGUCUCCUGGUUUAGCCAACAACAGCCCCGCGACGUAUCGUCUGUGGUACCCCCGACAAGAAAAGCCAAAAAUGACCUUGCCUAGCGUUACACCCAACAAUCAAUGCGACGAUGAUUCGGACAUGUUUGGUCCUCCCCGUACCUCCCCACCCAUUGGCUAUCAUCAUCAUCGGUCACGCGUUCCUAUGAUUUCUCCCAAAUUGCGUCAACGCGAGGAACGCAAACGCAUCCUACAGCUCUGCGCCCACAAACUGGAACGCAUCAAGGACUCGGAAACAAAUCUCAGACGCAGUGUUUGCAUUAACAACACAUAUUGCCGCCUAACCGAUGAACUCAGACGUGAAAAACAAUCUCGCUAUGUGGCCAAUUUACCAAGAACUGACUCCAAACCUGAAUCGGCCAGAGAUAACAUCUUCAAUCCCUACAACAGCUGCGGCAUUGACAAUUCCAAUCAUCAACCUUCCAAUAAACUCACACAAAAUGACAACAAUUCCAUAGACAAAACCGAAAACUCUUCAUGUAUUAUCAACUCAUCACUGCAAAAUUCCCAUCCAUCAUGCUCUCUGACAAUGGAGAAGUGUAAUAACAGCGAAGCGAACUGUCAGCCGGCCCCUAUCACACGAAAACGUCCACUGAUGUCCAGUAAUAUUGACAAUGACCUGGAAAUCUUGGAUCGUGAAUUAAGUGCUAUCAACUCGCCCAUGCCGUUAAUAGAUCCCGAAAUAACCCAGGGUGCCGAGCAGCUAGAAAAGGCUUUAUCGUCACGCAAGCGUCAGCGCAGUGAGGAUGAAAGUGAUCGUUUGGUGAGAGAGGCCUUGUCGCAGUUUUAUAUACCGCCCCAGCGUCUAAUAUCGGCCAUCGAUGACUGUCCUCUGGAUAUAGUAAAUGUGGGCAGUUUGUCGCCCAAACGGCAAAAAAUGACCAGCAGCGGUGACUUGGACUUUGACUUGAAUCAGAAUCAAAAGGAAUUCGAGGUCAUAAUGGAUGCUUUGCGUUUGGGCUCACCUAGUCCUACGCCCAGUGUGGGUAGUGAUUCGUGUGGCCAGGCGGCCAUGAUGAGUGAAUCGUCCAAUGUUUUCCAUAAUCUAGUGGUAACCUCGUUGGAAACAUGAAAGUUCCAAUAAUUUUUCACACAUUUAACUAACAUCCUCGAGAUUACCAGUUAAUUAACAACAAACCAGCAAAUUCAAUUUGCCACUCCCCUCUUUAUUAGUUAAUUUACAAAACAAACAAACAAACAGACAAACAAAAUAUUAAAACAAAUCGUAAAAAUUAUAUUUAGUUUUUAAGCCUUUGAAAUGCUGAGUUAAAUUUUUUGUUAGAUGAAUUUCAGUUUUCCUAAAAACAAAACAUUCUGUUUAACUUUUUUUUUACUAUUUAUAACAAACAAAAACACAAACAUUGUAUGAUAAUAAUUAUAAACAAAUGAUUAUCAUUAUUACACUUUUUUUUAUUAAAUUGUAGUAAAAGCUUAAAAUUAUAUACUUAAACGCUUCUAUAUAUAAUGACAUUUAUAUGUAAAUAUAUAGCAAACAUAUGAACACUUUAUUAUUAGAAAUAUCUAAGUAUAAACUGUUGUAUAUAAGUUAACAGAUUUAGUUAAACCAUAAUAUGCUUCAUAUAUUCAAAUUUGCUAUAUAAAAUACAAAACAAAAACCAACAACAACAAAAAAAAAAUACAUCAAAAAUCCAACAUAAUUUUCUGUAAAUCUAAAAAUUAUUUACUAAUAAUCAAAGAAUUUAUAGUCAAAACAAACUAAAAAUGAAAAUUAAACAUUUUCUAAAAAUUAAAUUAAACAAAAUAAAAACAAUACUCUUAAGAAACUGGCUUAAAAAAAUGUUUAGUCUCCUCUUUUCAGCUUAUUAUUCAUUCAAAUACAAAAUUUUGAAAACAACCAGUUUCCUAGUCACCCAACAACAUUACACACUAAAGCUAAAACAAAAUGAAUUAUUUUUUUAACAGAAGAAACAGAAAAAAACACACACAGUUAAAAAGGUUUCACUUUUUUAAGCAUUUUAAUCCACUGUGCAGAACUGUUUACCUAACUAAACAGAACAGGGUCUUCUUAGAGAAAGUCCCACAAAGAGAGUGAGUGUACGAAAGAGCGAGCGAGCGAGCAAUUGUUAUGAGUGAGCCCAGUGUUGCAUUAUUUUGUGUUUUUAAAUUUACUCCGUUUAAUUUUAUGUAACAAACCUUAACUUAAUAUUGAAAACAGUAUUUUCUUUAAAAAUUUUUAUGUUUUUUGAAUAAAGUGCAAUUAGUAUUUGGAGUAAUUCAAAAACCAACAAACAAAACAACAACAAGUAACAAUUAAAAGCCUCAAUAUCAAUUUUUUUGUUGCAAAUUGAAAUACAAAAACAAAAAUUAUGGACAAAAAAUAAGCAAACAAACUACAAAAACACAAAACAAUUUUUUGAUCAAGUAGUAAUUUAUUAAGAAUUUAGAAUUUGUUUAAUUUCAAAAUAUGGCUGUGAUAGUAAUUUUAAGUUAAAUAAUUUGUAAGUCUAAAAAAAAACAACUCAUAAAAUCCCCCCUCAACAAAAUUAUAUAAAAUUAUAAUAUAAACUAAAUAUAUAUAUUAAAAAACAAACAAGAAAACAAAUAACUUUGGACACAAACUAAAAUUGAAUAAUAAAAAACAAAAACUAUUGAUUAACAACAAUAAAAAAGUAGUAUAAAAUUUACAUCAAAUUAAUUUUUAAGAUUCAUACAAUUUAUAAUGCUUUAAAAAAUUCAAAUUUUAAAAACACACAAAAUUUGUAACAAUUUAAAAACUGAAUAUUGAAUUACCAGUAAUUUUUCUUUAUUAUUUUUGUUAUUAUUAUUAUUUUUGUGGUUAAAAACGCUUAAAUUUAGUUCAAUUUAUGUUGCUGCCUUUGAAAACAAAAUUUUGAAAUUUGUUUUUUUUUAUAUUUUUAUUUAAAUUAAAAUUUGUUUCUCUUUAAGUUUUUUUUGUUUUUCUAAUUCUUUUUUUUUAAAUAAAAACCUUUUUUAAAUAAAACAUAAAAAUCCCAAAAAAAAUAUAUAUUAUAAUUCUUAAAAUUAGUAGCAAGUUUAUAGGUAUAAAACAAAUAAACAAACAAAAAUACACUAAUAUACUAACUUACAUACAAAUGUACAUAGAUACAAAAAUAUGUAUAAAAUAUAAUUAUUAAAUAUAAUUGUAAAACUAUUUUUGUUUUCUUUUUAUUAUUAUUUUAAUAUUUUUUAUAACAAUUUAAUUUUUCAUAAUUAUAAAUAUAAUUAUUAUGUUUUUUUUAUACAUACAAACAGACAUACAUAUGUAUAUAUUAUUACGCAUUAAAUAAAUUAUAGUUUUUAGUGUAAAACAAACAAACAAACUGCAUAAUGUUUAAUUAAUUUUUAUCAUAAUUAUUAUACAAAAAAAAAUAAAAAACAAAAAAAUAAAAUAAUAUUUACAAUACAACAAAAAUUCUGCAUAAAAAUAUAAAAAACCAAACAAAAAAAAAUAAAUAAAAGUAUUAAAAAUUAUUGCAAAAAAAA